UCCUAACUCUCACACCUCACUUUAUAGCACAAGUCCAAAUAUAUUGUUAAACAAUAAACUAGUAAAAUGUGUUACAACAAAAUGAUAGAUGCUUUAAAUACACAUUGUGUGUAUCCCUUGAUGUGUAAGCUUUGGUUUUCAUGGACAUUUCCAUGUUGAAAACUUCCUAAAUCCUUUCUUUUUUUACUGAACUUUAGGAGUUUUGAGGCAUCGCUGCUUAAGAAAUUUAAUAGAUUGCUGAAAAGAAAAUGUCUGGUUUGGGUGAUACUAUAACAGCUAAUUUAUCCCAGUUCAGUUCUCCAUGCUGUGGAACAACAGAACAGAACCAGUUUUCAGUACUGGAGAACCAAGUUCGAAAAUACAAUGAAAUAUCAACACUAGCUCAUUGCUAUCAAUACAAGAACAAAGGAAGCUGGCAUGCUGUAACAUCAUCAGCCAUCAGCCUUUCAAAUGCUGUUGGUGUUGCCCAUUUUUUCAUUCCUUCUUCAUCUUUUCUAUAUCCCCAACUGAGAAUAUGCCUCAUUCUGCUCUGCUAUUUUUCACAGAAGACCAUUAACCGGAAUGGGUUGCAGUAUUUUUCUAUGGAAUGUGUUACUGGGAGAAAACAGAAUCUCAAUUAAUUCAGAAUUUUGACAGAGGAGUUUCAUCCUGAUAUUUCUGUACUGAAUGUUCAUGGCUUCUGUGUGGCUAAAGCUAAAGCUAAGGAAGGUCUAACCUGUCCUAAAAUUUCAGGGAUUUUUGCCCUUGCAACAACCAGCUUUAAGCCUGGUGAAUAUUUUCCAAGAAAGAGACUGAUAACUUGCUUAUGCCUGUCUUCAAAACUCUUCCAGAAAAUUAUUCUGGAAUGAUCAGAUGGGAAUUUUAGUAACUUAUGUGGGAGCCAGUUCUGAUCUACAGUAGAUUUGGGAAUACUUUGUGCCAACCAGGAAGUUAUGAUAAAGACAAUUCCCAGAGUCUUUUCAGCUGGGAGAUUUACUCUUCUAUUAACAUAACACUGCAUUUUGAGAUCUCACUUGGUUCAGUAAAGCUCAUUUAUGUGACUGUAUAAAUGUAAGGGAUGCCUUCAUCUUAAUGCCCAUAUGCAGUCCAGAUAAUUCCAGCAUAGAAGGAUACAAUAGAAAUAAGAAAAAGUACAGACAAGGGCAACAACAAUUAUGAAAGCUGUUGCAUGUCUUCCAGAAAUUAAAUAGGGAAGAAUUACCCAGGUUUGAAAAGACAUGACUAUGAUAAAGAUCUCUGAAUACUAUGUGGAAAGUGUUUAGAAAAUGAUUAUUCUGUGUUUCUUACAAUGCCAGAAUUAGAGAGCAUUUAAUGAGGUUACAGGCAGCAGAUUAAAAACAAGUAAAUCAAGAAAAAGUACUUUCUUUCAUUGAGUGUGUAAUCAAAUUGUGUCUCUCAGUGCCAACAGAACAUUUCAGAGACUAAAAUAGAAGCAAUUAGAAAAGCUGAUGGCAAGUAGAUUCAUCAGCUGAUUUUGAACAUGUUGAACUGCAUGUAAUUGUCAGCUCAGGAAGCCAUUAAUGCUUCAUUGCAGGAGUCUGGGAGACACUUAUAAUACUUUUUUUAUGCUCUCGGUUAUGUAGCAUUCCCUAUGGAUGCUGUUGCACACAAGUUGUUGGGUAGAUGAAUCUUUCAAAGAAAAGUUUGAUUUUAUGUUCUUAUAUGGGAGACAUUGGAAUAAGAGAGUCCAGGUUGAUCUGCAGGCUGAGGGAAGAAUGGGAGGAAAAGAAUUUGAAAGUCAUAGCAGCACCAGGAGACAGUGUAAUGUACAAGAGUUGCAGAACCACAGAAUGGUUGGGGUUGUAAGGAACCUCUGGAGAUCAUCUAGUCCAACCCACCUGCUACAGCAGGUUCACCUAGAGCAGGUUGCACAGGAAUGUGUCCAGGCAGGUGGUCUUGAAUGUCUCCAGAGAAGGAGACUCCACAGCCUCUCUGGGCAGUCUGUUCCAGGGCUCUGGCACCCUCAAGGUAAAGAAGUUUCUUCUAAUAUUCAGAUGGAAAACUCCUGUGCUUCAGUCUGUGCCCAUUGCCCCUCAUCCUAUCAUUGGGCACCACUGAAAGGAGUCUGGUCCAUCCUGUUGACAACCACCAUUGAGAUAUUUAUAAACAUUGAUGAGAUUCCCUCCAAGCCUUCUCUUCUCCAGGCUGAACAGACCCAGGUCUCUCAGUCUCUUCUCAUACAAAGAUGCUCCAGACCCUUAAUCAUCUUUGUAGCCCGCUGCUGGACUCCCUCCAGUAAUUCCUUGUCCUUCUUAAACUGGGGAGCUCAGAACUGGACACAGUGCUCCAAGAUGCAGCCUCACCAGGGCAGAGUAGAGGGGGAGGUCACACUCUUCCUAAUGCGCCCCAGAUAUCACUGGCCUUGUUGGCCACAAGGGCACGUUUGGCUCAUGGUCAACCUGUUGCCAACCAGAACUCUGAGGUCCCUCUCUGCAGUGCUGCUUUCCAGCAGGUCCACUCCUAACCUGCACUGGUGCCUGCAGUUAUUCCUCCCCAAGUGCAGGACCCUACACUUGCCCUUGUUGAACUUCAUCAGGUUCUUCUCUGCCCAGUCCUCCAGCCUCUCCAGGUCACACUGAAUAACAGCACAGCUUUCUGGUGUGUCAGCUCUUCAUCCCAGCUUGGUUUCAUCAGCAAACUUGCUGAGGGUGCACUCAGUCACUUCAUCCAGGUCAUUGAUGAACAGGUUGAAUGAGACUGGACCUAAUACUGACCCCUGGGGAACCCCACUAACUACAGGCCUCCAACCAGACUCUGCAUCAUUGAUCACAACCCGCUAAGCUCUGCCAUCCAGCCAGUACAUGACCCAUCUCACCGUGCAUUCAUCCAGCCCACACCUCCUGAAUUUGCCUAUGAGGAUGUUGUGAGAGACAGUGUCAAAAGCCGUGCUGAAGUCAAGGUGGACAACAUCCACUGUUCUCUCCUCAUCUACCCAGCCAGUCAUAUCAUCAUAGAAGGGUAUCAGGUUGGUCAAACAUGAUUUCCCUUUGGUGAACCUGUGCUGACUACUCCUGAUAACCUUAUUUUCCUUCACAUGCUUGGAGAUGACAUCCGGAAUGAGGAAAUAUACUGUUAAUAACAAUACAUGGACUGGACAUCAGAGUUUGUCUGGGGAAGAAGAGGUGGGCUGUCUUCUGGUAGCAAGCAUACAAGGUAAGGAUUUUAGGCUGAAAAGGAUACUGAGCAGGAAAGGCCAUAUGGUGAUUCUUCACUGGGGGACAAAUCAAAACAGUGGAUUUCUGCUGAAAUGGCUCAGCACAAACAAGUUUCAUAGAAUUUACUCUAUUCCUGGAAAACAAAAAAGAACAUGUGGACCAAGGAAAUAACUGAAGACCCAACGAUGGGCCAAGAUUAGUGUUACAAGAAAGACUUGGGAAUCUUUCAUCAUCUUGAUGGGAAAAGCCAUUGCCUGUUGACUCUGCUUGAGUACCUGGAGCACAGGUGUUGCGGGAUGAAGUCUGAGAUGUUGUUAAUAACAGCUUAAAGCAAAAAGGGCUGUUUAAGUUUUCUUACAUGUAAUAUUCCUCCCUGAUUUCUGUACAGAGGCAGAGAAAAUUAGAUAACAGUACCGAAUAAAGAAGCUAUUCCUGUAGACCUACACAGGCAAAUUUUCUCCACUCUGUAUAUAUGAGCACACCACAUAUUUCAGUUCUGUUUUACUGGCCUCCUAAGAUGUAGGCAUGUGUGAGACACACACCCUAAGUACAACAGAAGCUGAAGUUGGGGACUACUUUGAUUCCAUAUUUUUAUUAAAGACCUUGCUACAGAGGAGAAAUUUUGUCUAUUGAUGGCACAAAGCUGGGAAUUGUUAUCAACAAAUCAAGAGCCAAAUGAAGUAAGGGAAGAGUGGAGUGGCCUUCAGGCUACAUAAAAUAGAAGUAGAAUGAAAAGAUAAAUAAUGUAUGCCAGGGCUAAUUGCAGGUAUUCCUGUAAUAACUGGAAGCUCAUAAUUUAGAAAUGACAGAAGAAGAAAAAGAGAUAGAAGGGUACUGACUGAGAAAGUAUAUGAUUAUAGCAACUAACAUUGUGUGAGAAAAUAAAAUGUAAGCACAAGAGAUAUGUUCCUGAUAGAGAGAAAUAUCAAUGUCAUUUCAUAAGGUACUUUUGGAGUCUUAUCUGGAAUACUGUGUGUAAUUCUGAUUAUUUGCAUUCAGGAAAUUCAUGUGUUCUUGUGACUGGCAGCAAGGUAAAGCCCAAGGGAAAUAUAAUGUUUUAAUUAACCUGUUUCUUUUCCUGGGACCAUGCAUCUUUAAAAAGCAUCUACAUAAAACAUUUUAAGUGUGCCCGAUGUAAUAGUAUGUCUUCAAGUAGAGAAUGUAGCUCCAUCAAAAAUUUUCAAAGUGCUCACCUUGCUUGCUGCUCUGUUAAACUGAGGAGGCAGAAGGUGGUGCAACUGAAGAGUGUAGCUAAGAGAGAGAAAAGGUUGAGUUGCCAUCUAGUGUAUCUUUUGACAGAUCUAGCUUGCGAUUCUCUGUCACUUUCCCUGUUUUAUGUGCUGCUAGAAUAAACCUUCAGCCAUCACCUGUACUCCUGACUUCUCUUAAAAAUGAGAGAAAGUUAAUAUCAAUAUUUGUGUAAGGGAUUUUGAUUUAGCUUCCUGAACGCAGACCUCUUCUGCAUUUGAGAUGCCCUAGUCCAUCUUGCUUGACUUCCAGCUCCUAAGUGGCCAAGGGACUUCUGUAGGUCCUGGGUCACAUUUAUCUGUACCACACUGAUCUCGUAGAUGUCACAAAAUGACACUGUAUUCAGGCAACUGAAUUAAUUAUAUAAUGCUGAGGUUAUAAUUUAUUUCCCAGACAAAAAUAUCACUCUGUUUGAAGGGAAAACUAACUGACCAGAUGAAGAUCAGAGGUCUUUUUAUUUUACCAGUGUACAGGAUGACUUUUGCCAGAGUGCAUUCACAAAUGAUAAAAUAAAGCUUUACAUAUGGUCCAGAGAAAUACGAAAAGAAAUGUUAAUAAUAUACUUAAUACAGUAAUAUAAUCAUUUGAGUACUUGGACUAGCAAGUAAAACAGAACUGUAAUUGGAUUUUUUUUCUCAUUUGACCCUGAAAAUGUCUCUUCUGAGUCCAUGGAAAUAGACAUAAUAUUACAUAAUUUGCACUUCUUUCCUCACAUCUCAGUUAUUAGAGAGUGCAAUGCUCUUCAGGCAACAAGACUGUUGGUUGAAUGUGUUAUUCGUAAUUUUCAGUUUUCUGUCACAAAGUCCUGUGAUUGGCAACGUGUGGAUGGUCAGCUCUGAGUUUCAUAAACCCUGAAUGAUCCCUCCACAGUGACAGCAGCUUGGCAAUGUGUCAGGUAAGAAGUAGAUCUGUUGUCACACACCGGAGUCUUUACAGGGCAGUUCAUACUGGUCAUUACUAAUAUUAUUUACUUGUUCCAAUACACCUAAUAAAUACUUAUUCACAGUUUUAGGACCAAAUAUUACAAAUUUAUUUAUUUGUUUUCCUUUUCUUUCCUUUCAGAUAUUUGCCUUGGGAAAUGCUAGGCUGGAUAAUGGGUUAUGACGAAUUGUUUAACUUCAUUUCUCACCUCUCUUGAGUGCUGGAUGCAUUUACAAUUUCUGAUCCAUCCAAUUCUUUUGGUUCUGAAGACACAAGAGUGUUAGAGAAGUUGAUUUGAUUUUCCAUUUACAUUACUAAGAACUCUAUUAUCAGAAUACCAAGAAUACCAAUAUGCUAGAUAUCCCAGACUCUAAUAAAUUGUUCCCCCAAAUGGAACUGGAACUUUUCCAGCUCUCUUACUAGCACACAGAAGUAUCAAUGCCUUGGGAGAAUGCUCUGCAAUUUCACACUACUUCUCCUCCAGCAGUAGAAUCUGAGGUGAGAGAGCAGUCUAGAAGAAAAUGGAAGCUGGAAGAAGGAGAUGCAGUAUACGCUAGGCUGGGUAGGACUUCCUGAGGGAAAAAAAAGAACAGAGAUGCUGCUGUUACCUGUAGAAAACUGUUCAGAAAUCUUUUAUCAGGAGUUGCUGAGCUUGUGUUUGAAUCAUGAAAAAGUAAUAUUGCAGCACAUUAUAUAAAUCUGCUACUGAAAAUCCAUCAAUAGCAGUAAUAAUCUUGAAUUCCAGGCUAAGCAGGGGUUUAUAAUUAGCUUGAGCAUUGGAGGCUGUAACUUAUGAAGAAAGGGUUAUCUCUUGAUGUCUAUGCUGGAAUUCAAGGGAGGAAGACAAUUUUUCCUGCCAGUGAAGAGAAGAUCAUUGGUAGAAAAAUGAAAGAUUAUUCUUCUCUUUAGGCUUAGGUUUAUUUUAUAUUGGAAUCAAACAAAAUUCUUCUCUAUCUCAGGAAAAGCUACGAAUUUCUUAGAUACUCUGGAAAAUCAAGACCUAAUCAAUUUUAAUUGUAUAUAGCAGAUCACUACCUCCAGGAAGUAUAAUAUAGAUUUCGUGUGAGCAUUUGCUGCAUGCUCCAAGUCAAAAGGAGUCUGUGUAAAUGCCAGUGGCGUAACUGAUCUGUGACACUGGAAGUGUGUGGUAAAUCAAUAUUGUACAGUUUCUUGAGGCAAAUAUAUAGUAAUCAGAGAAUGAUGGCAUAUUUAGCUUCAGCAUAUUUUAUUAAAGCUUAACUAGCUCAUUAAUAAAUUAAUUGUCUGCAAAUUGUUUGGAAAAAAAAGUGCCAAACACUCGAGGUUUUUCCAUACUACUAAUCUAGAUAAGAUGUUCCUGGUGGAGACUGUGUAAUGGGCUGUUGUCAGACGCAUGAGUAACCAUGCUUAAGUGUUAAUAUUGCAGAGAUUGGGAGAGAUUGUGGCAUUAGGGUUCACCAUCCUCGUAGAGCAUCCAGCAGCCAUAAGCAGGGAGAGGACACAGGAGUAAGUGCUGCAGGCUUGCAAAGGUCUCUCUCCCCUUCCCUGGGCCAUUGCAAUACAUCUUUGUGACAACCACUAUUCAUCAUCGAACAUCACAUCAAAGUAGUGAUCAAACUUCGAUGAUUUGGAAGCAGGGAAAGCAGGUCUUUUUGCACCACCUGAAGUAUUUUCCUGACCACGAGUAAUGUGCCAAUACAGGUGCUGCUCCAGUGACUGUAGCGCUAGAAGCCAGAGAAGGGUGAUGAGCCCAUGAGCUCCACCCAGGGCCUCAAAACAAUAAUGGCUGAAGAAACACAGCAGAGAUAGUGUGAUCACAGGAAGUUUUUAGCACGGAUGUUAUUCCAAGGGCUGGCGUGAUGGAAGAUGAGCAGAUGCCUUCAGCCAAGUCUCCACAACAUAUUCACAACAUGAACAGUGUCAUGUUGCCUCUUCUAAAACAGGCAAUGCCAAGCCUCUUCUGGCUUUGUAGCACCCGGCAGUGCUGUUUGAUCAAUAUCCUUAUCCCUGAGGACAUAACAAUUUCCUUGCAGAACAAAACCUGCAAGAGAAAAUGCUUGUUGAAUCUUAAAAAUGACCAGCUACUCAUCUACGAGAGCCUUCAUUGAUGGCCACACAGAGUGCUCUCCUACUGAUGGGUGGCUUCAAUGCACAUUGCCAUACAUUUACACGGCAGGGCCACGCUGCUCUGUGUGGCACAGGGAACUGGGAGGUAGUUGGGAGAAGGUGAAAGAGUGAUCAGCGUUAAAGAAGACAAAUUCCAUGUCGACUGUCAAAGUCAAUGAUGUGAGUAUAACAUUGCCCCAGAGAGGGGUUAAGCAACAGACUGGGGCCAUCCCCACAGUUUAGGAUGCUUAAACCAGGAGACUAGUAACACCUUAUUCAGUUUAAAAAUAAGUUUGAUACUACCAGGGAGACAGUUUUCAUGGCCAUAGCUGCCCUUGUUUCCUAUGGAUUUAUAAAUGCUACAUGAAGGGUGCUGAGACUGGUUAGAGCUUCUUCUUGCCUUUACAUUUUGAUGCCUCUUCUUGGGUCUUACAGGGAAGAUCAUGUAUCACAGAAAUAAGUGAGGAGAAGCAUGUGCUUGCAUAAAACACUGAUGUUUCUCUUCAAAAUUCGUUACUCAUGACACAAAGCAGACAGCAAAACAUCUGGAAAGCAAUGUGGUUCAAAAGGUCCUGGGGUCCUGGUGAACACCAAGUGACCAGGAGCCAGCAAGGCAGUGGCGAGCUCUGUCUCGGGCUGCACGGGGCAAAGCGUUGGCAGCAGCUGGAGGGAGGUGACCCUUCCCUCUGCUCAGCGCUGCUGAGGCCAGGCCUGCAGUGCUGUGCCCAGCUCUGGGCUCCCCAGGAUGAGAGAGACAUGGGCAAAGUGGGGAGGGCCCCCAGUGCCCCUCCCCCACCCGGGCGGUUAGAAUGGGAUGUUCUAUUGACCCGGCGCUGGCCCGGCAACGGUUCUGUGUCAACACAGAGCGGCACGGGUAAGAGCCCAGCUCUUGCCCUGCAGCGCUGACCGGCACAGGAGAGCCCUUUGGCAGCCUUGCUGCAGCCAGCUGGGAGCUAUUUUGUAUAUACCAGAGUGUCUGGUCGAAGACAGCUUCUGGUCUCACCAGGAUGGGCCAGGUGAACUGCUGCCGUGGCUCCAGGUAGGUUCCCCCCAGAACUCGGGGAUACCCUGGCACGACCAGACUCCACAGCAGCCGCUUUUCUCACACCCAAUGCCGUCUGCUCUGCAGGGGCGACCCUGAGCUCGUGCAGCAGUGCAUGCCCAUCCUGGAAUUACCUGAGCCACUGCUCCGGCAGCGCGUGCGGGUGACCCAGGGCCGUGUGACGAGGAAGAGGGACCUCCUCCUCUUCAGCACCAUUUUAGUCAUCGGCAAGCCCCAGUAAGACUCGCAGAGCCCACCUGCCUUUCCUCCCAAGCCCUGGCCCUGACACCAGGGCACAGACACCCAAGGAGCAGCCUCCGGCACCCUGGUGCUGGAUGCACCCAUGGCCGUGCCCGUGCCAGGGGGAUGCUGCAGGGGAGCCACCUGGCUCGGCCACCUCCAGGUCACUCCCUGCUGCUCCUCUCUGCAGACGUGGCAAUGCCCUGCGCCCGCAGCUCUGCCUGGCCCUCGACCAGCUGCGGGUGCUGAGCAGCGGGACUGGGGCAGCCGGUGAUGCCGCUGAGGAGGAGGACGGCAAGCACACCACCUCGCUUGUCCUCGUCUGGCCCUGCGGCUCCUGUGUCGUCACUUUCCGCUGCCGGGCAGUGAAGGAGCUGUGGGUCCGCGCGCUCCUUGGGUAAGCCGUCCCUGGCAGUGCAGCCUGGGGAGCCCGUGCUCAUGUCAUGGGGGGAUGCUCCAGUCAUCGUUGUAUGAUGCAGAAACAUCUCUCCCAGCUGGGGAGAUCUGUCCCCAAUGUGUGGGCAGCUCUUGACUGGGUAAAGCUUGUGAAGCGACUUCACCCAGUCGUGUUCAGCCAACACCUGCCCAGCCCCAUCCUCACGUCUGCCCCUGCUCUCCGCUCCACUGCCGAGUGGUCCACAGCUGCUUUGGGGCAGUUUGGAAGUGCUCCCCAGCUUGCAGGAGAGAGAAAAGGAGGCUUGGGUCUCACACAGAACUUUCUUUGCCCCUUCCCCAUGCACAGAACACCAGAAGGAGCCAGGGGAGCCCACGUCAGCCAGCUGCCCUCAUUCAAGCCUCUGCUGAAGAAGCUGAGGGCACGCAAUGCUGUGAGUGUCUCUGCUCUGUCCCCAGGGGCUGCUCCAGCCCAGCAUCGGGUGCAUCACUUCUCACCUUCUGUUCUUUUCCCCUUUCCCAGGCCAUGACACUGCACGCCAGCAGCCUGGAGAGGCUGGUGGAGAGCCAGGCAAAGGUCAGGAUCACCCAGGAUGUAAUCUCAGCUGUCCCCACCUCUCACACAUGGCCAGAUGCUGAUGCAGCUUGCCAGGGGCCCUUUCUGCUGCGGGGUGUUUGGUGAGCGCGGCACAUUUCUUGCAGGCUGGUGCAGAGCAGCGGCCAGCACCUGUUGUCCCAUCCAGCAGUGAAGGUGGAGUUGGCCACGUGGCUGGUGAGCUUGGGGAAGACAGGGGCAGGACUGCCCUUCUGUCCGUGACUCACAAACGGGCACUUGUGCUGCACUGGGGCUGCUGCUGCCCUUCCCGCAGGGCACGUCCAUCCCCAUCUCACUGCAGAGGGAGAGAGCUGAGCCCCUGGGGUCCCUAGUUCCCAAAUGAUGCUUCUCUUGUGUGCUCAGCGUUGGGGGACAGUACUGAGAGGGUCCAGGAGUGCUUGCCUGGCAUUUCCACUCCACUGUUCUUCACUCUGUUCUCCUUGGUAGCAGGUGGGACACACAGGAGGAGGCUGCCCUGGCCGUUUGGGAGGCGAGGGAUGCCGGCUGCUAGAGACAGGGCUCCUCUCUUUGGCCGUGCCCUGUCAGACCUCUGCAGCCAGGACGGCACACUGGCCCAGCCCAUCCAGGUAAGGACAUCUGGCCAGGGGGUCUCCCAUCCAGUGGCUCCUCUGGAGAGGCAGUGACCCCAUCAGAGAGAUCCCAGAUGGGUCUUGGAGACAAAGCCUGCUCCUCUGCACGUUCACGCACCUCCAGCCACUUCCUGUCCUGUCCCAGUGAGAGCUGGGGAGCCAAUGUCCUUCUCUGUCCCCCGCAGGACCUGCUGGCUCUCCUGCAGGAGCACGGCCCAUCCACGGAGGGGAUCUUUCUACUGGCGGCUGGGGAGCGAGCCUCCCGGGAGCUCCGGGAGGCCCUGGACAGUGGAGCCCAGGUGCAGCUUGAAAGCCAGCCAGUGCACCUCCUGGCCACCAUCUUUCAGGAGUUCCUCCGCAAGAUCCCCUCCAAGCUCCUCCAGAACGAGCUCUACCAGGACUGGAUGAGCGCCCUGCAGAAGACCAGCAGGCAGGAGAGGCUGGCUGGGCUAAAGGAGGUGGCCAGCAAGUUGCCCAAGGCCAACUUCCUCCUCCUCAAACAGUUACUCAGCCUCCUGCAGAAGAUCAGCAGGAAUGUCACCACCACCAGGAUGACGGCCCGCAAACUGGCCAUCUGUUUGGGGCCAGACCUCCUCAGCCCACCAGAGGAGGACAUGCUCCCUGUUGAAAUCCUGGUGGAGGUGUUGAAGGUGACAGGGCUGGUCCAGCUCCUCAUUGACCACCAUGAGGAGCUGUUUGAGGAGGAGGAGUAGCCUGGGCUUGCUGGUUCAUCGACCGCCGUCUCGCCAGGGCAGAAACUGCCAAGGUGUCCCCGGUAGGUCCCGAAAGUGAACAUCUGAAGAGCUCUUCUGGGGAGAGAAGGACCUACUGGUUCUCCUGCAGGAACACGGGCCAUCCAUGGAGGAGAUCUUCCUACUGGCAGCCCGCAAGUGCACCUCCUGGUUGCUCUGGAAGGCCCUCUGCAGUGGAGCACAUGUCCACCUUGAAAGCCAGCCAGUGCACCUCCUGGCUGUCAUCCUACAGGUGUUCCUCUGCAAAAUCCCCUCCCAGCUCCUCCAGACAGAGCUCUACCAGGACUGGAAGAGCGCCCUGCAGAAGACCAGCAGGCAGGAGAGGCUGGCGGGGCUAAUGGAGUGCCUAUGUUUUUUGCUGCUUGGAUUCCCUGGAUGAACUCUGACACCUGGCCUUCGAGGGGCAUGAUACAGCCCCAGCACCGUCACAUCAGAGGCGAGGAGAGAGACACCGUGCCCUCCUGCUCUGUCUGGCAGAUUCUGCUCAACACCACUAAGCUGGAGCAGCCCCGCAUCACCUUCAGAGCCAUCCCAGCCCUUGCAGGAGGCCUUGCUGGCUCACCUGUCAGCUCCAUGAGCAAAUGCCCACCAGCUGUCACAUCUCCCCAGGCAGGAGCUGGCAUGGGAACUUCAGGUUAUAUGGAGUGUGUUGCGCAUGGCUGUGCAUAUCAUCUGAGAGGGACAUGGGGGAUAACGUUUAUGCUGGACAUCAGGUUCCAUACUAUAAAACCCUCCAGGUUAAGCUAAAAACAUGUCUGGAUGAAGCAUAACUAAAAAUGUACCUGUCUGUCCAGGAUUGCUACGGUGAUGGUAUCCAAAGCCUGAGAGAACUGCAGGGCUAUGCAGCCAUGAGCUGCAUGAAAAUCUCAAGUGUUCCAGCAAGUUCAAAGGAGCAAUCCAUGGGAUGAAGCACCAUUCUCAUGCACAGAGAUGAACCAUACAGAAAAUUAAAAAACAAACAAACAAAACCCACAACCUAAUUUGCCUUCAGAUGCAUUCAAACUGUGUGUCCAGGUGAUACUCGUUGGGGGUCAAACUGGUGUUUACCCUGGUACUUCACAUCUCUUCGUAAGUCCAUGACCUGGGCUUCCAGCAAUCCUGUAUUAAUAUCUCUUGUAGAAACAUGUUUUUGGAUAGAUAUUAUACUUUUUGGAUACAUGUUAUAGUUGCUUCUUCUCUGGCCAAUCAACCUUCUCUGGACUGAUACAAACACUCCCCUUUCUGUUAGUCGUAGCUGUAGUUUGGAAAGCAGCUUUUCCAAAUGCUCCAGAUGACAAAUAGUCUCUGUUGUAUCAAUACUUGAGCCCCACAUGUUGUCUAAGGGGGUCGACCUCCUUUCAGAAGGGAAAAUACAAGUGCCAGACACAACAGGGAGAAGUAAUUGCACGGCUGAUCUUGAUUGCUCACAGGUUGUUAAGCAAUCCUGUGGAGUUUUACAGCACAGACACAGUUCCUGUGUAAGUCUAACUAUUCAUGAAACAUUCUCUAUAAUUUCUUCUCACAUUAAACUUCACAGCAUCUUCUCAUACAGUUGGAAUGAAAUUCAUACGCUACCAUUCCUUCAGCUCUCUGAAAACUGCUACUACUUUAAAGCUUAUCACACCUCCAGCUGAACGAAGGCUAGAGGCCUAACCAUAAUGUAUUUAAUGAGUUUGUAUUAAAAUAGUACAGUAGAUAUUAGCAGUUGUUCUACAAAUAUACAUUGUUUUAGAUUAUAUCUGUAUUAGUAGCAAUAAACACUGGCAUACUGCACUAAUGUCAUAGAAUCCUACCAGCUGGAAAAAAUUCUAAGGGAAGUGGUAUUUUGAAUUUAAAAUUGGACAACUGUAUAGGUUUUAAUUUGGGAGAAGAAUGAAAUAAAAGAGAGAGAACUGGCAUGGAAUCAACUGUGAAAAUUUUUGUAUAUGAUACGCUUGCACAAUUCUAAUGUGCAGCGAGUCUUAAUAGAUGUGAAGAAGCUUUACAGCCGUUUGGGUGAAAAAUGGCUCACAAGAGCCUGUAACACUCUCUGGCCAUUUCCUCUGCCACACUGGAGAACUGGAGACACAUCUCUGUGUUAGUCCAGGUUACCCACAGCUGCCGUGGAGACCUUGUGAGAAAUUUCAAUGCACUUGAUGUCUUCAGGAAAGAAGACAUCCAAAGCAGGGCAUUCAAAGUAGGACAUCACUCUAGAGUUCAUGAGGGCUGGGAGGCACCCCAUACCCCUGAGGUGAAAUCGGAGUGCUCAGCUCGCUCUCUGAAAUGCCUGUACACCGAUGUGGGCAGCAUGGGGAAUAAGCAGGAGGAGUUGGAAAGCUGUGUUAGGGCAGGAGAUUAUGAUCUGGUGGCAAUUACAGAGACAUGGUGGGACAGCUCACAUGACUGGAAUGUGGUCAUGGAUGGUGUGGCAGAUGGCAACCCCCCUCCCUCUUUUAAUAUGGCACAUCUUCCCCUUUCUCUGCUAUUUGAGGCUAACAGCUUCUUUUGUUUGGCCCAGAGCACCCUGGCUCCUGGGACAUUAGCAGAAGGGAGUGCCAAGGCACACUGGGCCGUGCCCAGUGUGGGGGAUGUUUGAGGGCUUCAGGGGCACCCACACUCAGUGGGGGGGGUGCAGAGAAGCUUAUACAAUGCCUACAGUCAGGUCUGAUCAGGUAACAAAACGGGACUCUCGUCGAGACUCCGCCCAUUGCCGCGGGUCUCUUGGAGCACGAGCUUAGCCACUGCCGCCACGAGAGCCCCCCUCCCCGGGAUGGAGACUCCGCUUGCCUCGCCGCCACGGUGUAAGUAAAACUUCUCGCAGGAUUGCGAGUAUAUUUUCUUUCCGUGCACACUUGCACAAGUACUUUAUUUCCUCGCACAAUCGCGAGUGGCCGCCGAGAGCCCCUCGCACAAUCGCGAGUAUAUUUUCCUCCCGUGCUUCCACAUAAGCACGUGUAGGAUUCCGUGCACAUUUGCACGUGUAAAAUAACUCUCGCAGGACUGCGAGCGUAUUAUAAAUUUACUCUCGCGACAUCGCGAGUGCACACUUUCCGUACUCACUGCGAGUACGUGUAUCUCUAUAAAAAUAAUCCCACACCGUGCUUAGGCAAGUGUGUACUCCUCCGGGACUCGGGGACGGCUCCGGCACUGUUUUGGUGAAGCCACGUGCAUGCACUCUGUGGACCUCCUGUUGUAUUAGUGGCUGCCCCUCUCAAUAAUUUCCUCCACUGAUAUCCGAACCUGUAUUUAAGUCACAUUCGGAGUGCUAAAACCCUGUGCCUUGCUGGUCUAAUAAAAGUUGGUUUUGGACCUUGUGGUCCCUAAAAUUGA